GAAAUAUUUAUUAGACAGUUGGUCUGGCGAACUUUGAAAGUUUACCAGAACAAAAUUAAUUUCAUCAGACCAAAAGAAAUCGGAACAAUUGAAGAAACAGGUAUGUCAAGUCUCUUGUCACAGUUGCAGAGUUUUAACAAGAAACAGCUGCGCAAAACAGACACAGCUGUAAGAACAGAGGAUGGUAGAGUUAUACGGGAGUAUAAGGAUGACUCUGGAAACAUCAGAACAGAGGUCACUAACCGAGACCAGUAUGGGUUUGUAGCGGACGUCCUAAUGGACUUUCAAGUUGGGGAAAUCAGAGACAAUCUCAUAUUUGGCUCACAAGAUGUGGCUGCCGAGUGGGAUAUUCUUGCUAGAUAUGGAGUUACGCACAUCGUCAACAUAGGAACGUAUGUGAAAAACUAUUUCCCAGACAAACUCAAAUACCUGAAUGUCAAGGUCAAUGACACACCUGAUACAAAAGUUCUUAGCUAUUUCGAUGACACUUUCAAGUUCAUUGACGAAGGUAGACAAAGUGGUUGCGUGUUCCUACACUGUAAUGCCGGUGUUAGUAGGGCAUCUACGUUCACAACCGGAUAUCUUAUGAGAACGGAAAAAAUGACAUACGAAGAUGCCUUUUCGUAUGUGAAAAGUAAACGACCAUCGGCUCGACCUAAUGCAGGUUUUGUUGAACAGCUUAAAGAGUAUGAAAAAACACUAGGUCUGUCAAAAGAAUAGGAGAAUAAUAUCAUAAUUCUUUCAUCCGUCCAUUGACUAAGUCUCUUUUAUUUUAAUAAUUAGUACAUGGUCAAGAUCACAGAAAAAAAUUAAAGUACAUGUAUUGCAUCAAACAAUAAGUCAUGUUAAUGCGGAAGCCAAAUGGUUAAAGGAAAUAGGAGUUAUGUUUUUAAGCUAGCCAGGUCUGUGAUUAAAUCGAAUAACUCAAAAUCAAUAACUGUUGUUUGGUGAAUAACUACAAUAACUGUAGUUUUGUUAACAUAUACAAUAAUUUUAGUUUUGUGCAUAACUACAAUGACAGUAAAAUGUUUUACACAUAACUACAUUAACUGCAGUUAAGUGCAUAACUCUGUUUCAAAACGUCAUAUAUCAUCAUAAUAAGUUUAUUCAGACCUCAAAAUUGAAAAUAAGUUAUCAUAUUUCACAAAUCAUUAUAAUUCUUUGGUAAAACUAGUUGGUGGUAAUGGAUUACCUAUAUUUUAAAGCAUGGCCAAUCUGCAAAUUGGCACAGUUUGAUUAAUUAUGUUAUUUGCAAGCUGCAUGAAAUUAAUUAAAUUACUUAUCUUAAAUUAGCAACAUAGAUUUUUGAGUUUUAUAGCUAAGUGAGUGCAAAACACAAGUUACAGGUAAUCUUAAAAUUAAAAGUUUGUAUAAUUGUGUUGAAUUAAGCAUUCAUUUUGUACAAUGGUGUCAAAUUAAGCUCAUGAUUUGUAAAAUGGUGUGAAAUUAAGCUUACAUUUUUUGCAAUUGAGUUGUGUCAAAUAAAGCUUAAUAAUAAUUUGUACGAUGGUGUGAACUAAGCUUAUUUUUUGUACAGUUGUGUCAAAUUAAGCUCACAAUUUGUGAAAUGGUGUGAAAUUAAUCUUGUAUUUUGUGAGUCAUGUUAACUUAAGCUGAAUAAUAAUCUGUAUAAUUAUGUCAAAUUAAGCUUAUAAUUUGUAAAACGGUGUCACAUUAACCUUAAAAUUUCUAUAAUUUUGUACUUAUCAAACAUAUUUUUGCACUUGUAAAAUUUUAAUCAAAAUUAACUACUGAAACAUAUCAUUUUCUUUUAAAGUUAUUUAUCUUUAUUUUUUAUACUUAAAAG